CCUGCCAGAACUAAAACCUUACCAUGUUCUGCCUUCAAGGGCUGCUUCACAACAAGCUGCCAGGAUGAUGAAAACCGAAUUCCCGGGAAGAAAAACGAAGGACUUCAAUCUCCGGCAAAUAAAUCAUGUGUGAGAGGAAGCCACGGUGAGAAAAUGGCUUCUCGCGAGUCAAAGACUGGCACAAAGAUAAAUGUUACUCGGGCAGCUGAGGAGUCCAGUCCAGUGGAUGAUUAUUCCACACCUGGGGGCUAUGAGUUGGAGAAAAUCCUCAACCGAGGGAGUGUGGCUUACACUCAUGUCAACGAGGUUUGGCCUAAUGUCUUUAUUGGGGAUGAGGACACUGCAAAGGACAAGUACACGCUGAAGAAGCUGGGAAUUACGCACAUCCUGAAUGCAGCAGAGGGGACGUGGAACAAUGUGGACACCGGAGCUGGCUACUACAGUGACAUGGACAUUGUAUACUAUGGUGUAGUAGCAGAAGAUGUCGCAACCUUUGACCUCAGCCAGUAUUUUUUCUCUGCUGCCCAGUUUAUUGAGAAGACACUGAGCAAUCCUCAGAAUAAACUGCUGGUGCACUGCGUGAUGGGAAGGAGUCGGUCUGCCACACUUUUCCUCGCCUAUCUCAUGAUCUGUGAGAACAUGACGGUGGUUGAUGCCAUAGAGCACGUAAAGAAACGCAGGCGUAUCAUCCCUAACUGGGGCUUUUUGAAGCAGCUGCGAGAGCUGGACCAGCACCUCUUGGAGAAAAGGGGGGAAUCUGCAGGGGAAAGCUGAUUGUGUGGCUGAUUAGUCUGCGACUAAAGUCAGUGGAGACUAAGUCAAAUCCCAGCUAUUAAGACUUGUCCAAGUCACGCUACGAGUUACAGCCAUGUGAAAAAAUAGUCCUAUUAAAACUAAAUACAGCUUUACUGCUUUCACAGGAAUAAAAGUAAAGUAAUAAAAACAGAAGUUUUGGCAGUUUGUUGGUCUGGAGCAUGUGUGUUAACACAAUGCCAAGGAGGAACGACAUCAGCAACUGUUGCUGCCCAUCAAUCUCAGAACGGUUAUGAGGCCUUUUUCCAUGCAACUUAAAGAGUCCAUCAUUCUACAGUGAGAAGGAUUAUUCACAACAUCUUCCUGGGAGCUGAUGUCCUGGUAAAUUCACAGAGAAGUCAGAGAAAUUGCAAACAAAAACCUCCAAGAGCUACAUCUCAGACUCUGCAGGAAUCCAUUAGCAUGUUAAAUGUCAAAGGUCAUGACAGUUUAGUUAGAAAAAGACUAAAACUUUCUAAAAACACUUCUGGAGCAGACAAAAGCAACGUGGGGAUGUUUGGUCAUAAUGUACAGAAACGUAAUUGGAGAAACCCAAACACAGCAUAUCAGCACAAAUACCUCAUGCUAAAUGUGAAGCACGGCGGUGGAGGGGUCAUGAUUUGGGCUGUUUCUGUAGCCACAGGACCGGGACACCUUGCAACAAUUGAUUCAACUAUGUAUGAACUAUGUAUAUCAAAAUGUUCUCAAGUCAAAUAUGAGGCCAUCAUUUCAGCCGCUAAAGCUUGGCCCAAAAUGUAUCAUGCAAUAGGACAAUGAUCCAGAACACAGCAGCAAGUCUCCAAAAGAAUGACUAAGAAGGAAAAUAACUAAGGUGUUGCAAUGGUCAAGUCAAAGUCCAGACCUCAACCUGAUUGAAAUGCUGUGACAGGAGUUUAAGACAGCUGCAAACCUUAGUGAACUGAAGAAAAGUGGGACAAAAGUCCCUCACAAAGAUGUGAGCGACUGAUAAAGUCAAACAGAGAAUGAUUACUUCACGUUAUUGCUGCUGAAGGUGGUUGUACAAGCAAAUAAAUCACGGGGUGUACUUGAGUUUUUCACAUGACUAUAUAUCAGGGACAGUCUCAAACCAAAUUGCAAAUCAUAGUGAGAAAUCCAAGUUGGCUCUCAGAUCCCUGAAUAAAUGUCCUAAUCGAGGAUCAGGUCUAUUAAAGCCUGACUCAUAAGUAUUUUGAGUGCAAAUCAA